ACAAAAGAUAUGAACAGGAUACUCAGAGUUAUGUGAAAACUGUAAUAUGCCAUAUUUACAAAAGUUUUGCGAAAUUAAGAAACAGCCCUACUCAGUUUGGGGGAAAUUUGAGGAUUGCGAUACGUGCCUUGUCUAACAGUUGCAUCACAUAUCGUGUGUGCAGUGCAUAUCCUAUUCUGUUGCAAGUGAAUUCAGUUUCGCAAACAUGCUAUAAAACACAUUCUUCAUUGGCUUUAAUCAGUCUAUUUGAUACGUCGUUUCUCAGAUUCGUUACAACUUUAUUACCCACGUUCUAUAAAAGACCAAACGUUCUAGUACUUUCAGGCUUUAAAAGCUUCUACUCCUUCAUAUUGCUUUUCAGUCCCUUCACGAAUUAUUCUUGAUGAAUUUCUUCAGUCAGUUCCUAGAACUGUGGAAUUCGCGGUUUCCUGGAGAUAAUAAGGCUCCUCAAUUGGAUUGUUUGAAGGCGGAUCAGUUUAGCUCCGUGGUUGAUCAGAAACGUGCACUUGAGGAACAAUCUUGUAAACUAUCGAUGUCAAUUGAAGAGCUCAAACAAAAGAUUGACUAUGAGUCUUUCACAAAUGAUUAUCUACAGAAGUGCAUUCAGAAGCUGGGCGCUAUUUCACAGGUUUUUAGUGAAAUUGAACAUAAUGACCCAAAAGUGUAUGGAACUUCGAACAAUCAACUUUCGCAAGUUAAUAAUUUCCCUGGUGAUAUUCCGAGCACGAUGUUGUCCCACACUACGGCAUCCUGCUUUUCUAGCAAUCCUCCUAAUUUUUCUUUGUUGCCGCAAUGUAUUGCAUCUGGUUUGAUAAAUUCUGCUUCUCCACUUCUUGCAGCUGUUGCUACUUCUACGGCUCCGUUUUUGUUCCCCACAACACUCACACACUUUUCAUGUCCAGAUGUAAUCAAAUCUGAUCCGGAUCAAGUUGGACAGUCCAACAGGCCUGCUGUUUCAGGUGAUCAUUCCCUUGUCCGGUCUUCAUAUGAGCAUCAACCUUUUGAGCUUACACCAUCUAUUCAUAACAGUUUGUUUUGUCCUGGAGCGACCUAUCCUCCGCCAGCAGUCUCACGCUCUUUGUCUCAUGAUACAGGAAGUUCCAUCAAAUCCAGUUAUUCAGCUAGGUUGAACGAUGGUUUAACAGGGUCCACUACCGAUGCUCAGGCAGCAGCUGUUGCUGUUGCAGCUGCUUUUGGACUCAAUUUUCCUACAGGUGGAUCUCUCGCUAAUAGCAAUAAUAUGAUGGGAUUUAAUAAACAGAGAAACCAGUCUGGUUCGAGUCUACUCCAAAUAUCCCCUUCGAGUUCUAUCAAUGGUGUAGAUGGAAAGGAAGAAGAUGGUUCAACUGAACGUCCUUUUCAGUGCAUGACAUGUUCAAGAAGUUUUUCUGUGAAGGCUGGUCUAGUGCAACAUAUGCGCACUCAUACAGAUGAGAGACCGUAUCCAUGUAUACAUUGUGGCAGAGCUUUUAAACAGAAAAUCCAACUCACUACACAUAUGCGUGUACAUAGUGGUGAACGACCAUAUGGUUGUCGUUUGUGUGGUAAAUUAUUCCGGCAGCAAAGUCAUGUAGUUCAGCACCUAAGAACUCAUACUGGAGAAAAGCCACAUAAAUGCUACCAAUGUGGUAAAGCCUUUCGACAGAAAUACAGCCUUAUUUCCCACCAACGUCGUAUGUGUCGCAAUCGUUCCGCAUCUAACCCGAUUGCAGCUGGAAUGACUAUGUGGAUAAGCCCGGGGGCCGGUGGGGAUACUGGUAAUCUCAUUAAAGAAUUUUCACCUAACAAAUGUAAUUCAUCUAUUGCUAGUCCGAAUGCUUCAUUAUCAACUCCAAUCUCAGUCAUGACCUCUCUUCAAUCACCCACAUCCCCAUUCCCUUCUUCACCGGUGUCUAAUAAUCUCACACUUCCACAAAACCAGUUUCAAAACCCGGUCACUUUAAACGGUGAUUCACAUUGUGAAAAUCCAGUUAUAACAAGGCCCCAUUGCAAUUCACUGUCUAAAAACAAAUAUGAACUACAAGAUUGGUCAUGUUCUCUGUCAAGGCAUCCAUCGCGCCUAACACCAGAAGAUGAUCCCAUUCAUAGUCCUAGAACUUCAAGAUCCAGUACUUUACAAAAUCAUGCUCCGAUGGGCCUUACCUAACAGAUGUCAUAGUUCUCUGAACUACAAAUGAUUCAGAAUAUAUUCACUAUUGUCCUAUUUGUUGUUGAAUUGUACUCGUAAUCUAUCAGUAGAUGCCCUUUGUUUUAUUUUGAUAAGACGUCAGCUGUUGUAUAUCAAACCAUUAAACUUAGGCAAAUACUGGAUGCAUUCACCUACUCAGAUUCUUUCAUUCAUAAUAAACAAAUUGAAUUAUUUUGCUGAUAUUGUAUUCUUUUGCCUGUAAGUGUUAUGACAGUGAUUCUUGUUAUUUCUGCUGCAUAUUAUUAAAGCCAUAGAAGCUUAAAUCCACUUAACCUCUACACUUUCGUUCUCCAAAUUUUCCACCAAUGUCGUUAUCUAUGAUUUUACCAUAUUGCAAAAAACUUGCUCCUUUAUUUUGUAAAGUGAUUUAAAAGUCAAUCUUUUUUCGUUUUUUCUUUACACUUCUCCCUCUCAUUCUCACAUUCAAUGGAUUUCCAACCCGGAUAAAUAAGUUUCAUCUACUUGUGUUUGCUGAGACAUGAAAUUAUCAAUCACUUUAAAUUUUGAUAUUUUUGACUAGAACAGUUGGAUCAUAUUCUUUGUUUGUUUGCGCUUGGUAUGAUCUUUUCUAUUUGUAAUUAAGCCCGAACUAUUCAAAUAUUAUAUCACAUGAUCCAACUUGAAUUAUCAGAAUCUAAGCUUUGAAUACCUUCGUUAUUAUUUUCAGUCUUAAAUUUAUUCGAAACCGUGUAGCUAUUGGCUGUUUGCGUCGUAUUUAUGCUUCGGUACUACGAAAAAUGUUCUGACAGUUUUUUUACCGUCAAAACUGUUUAUAACGCAAAGCAGAGUUUUACAAACAAAUUUAUCAACCUCGUAAGACAUGUUACAUUUUAAUUGUAGAGAUCAAGAUGUUUGGAUAAAUUCUGGAGGUGAUGAGAUUUCUUCCAAAUUACUGGCUUUUCAUCUGUUUAGGCUCUAAAUAAGUUGGUUGGAAACCUCAUUUUGUGUCAAAGUAUCCUAGAGGUUUUUGCAAAUCGUGUGUAACUGUUACUCUUUAAAUCAAUUAGUCAAUGGAGACAGUUUGUAUUUGCUACAGCGGUUUCUCUGUUUUAAUAUUCUUUACUAUAGUAAACUAAUGCACUUCACGAUAAAUCCAAUUUUGUUUGCAGUAACGCAAAGUAUUGCAUAUAUGAUGCACUUUAUAACAUUUGGGUAUCCACUGUCUGAUUAUUAGUUCGGUUACGAUUCGAUAUUUGUUGGUACGGGUGGUGUUACACUAGGUUUUUUAGGUGAGCGAACGAGUGGCAUCUUAUAAAAUAUCUUUCAAAAGAGCAGUUUAACUCCAAUGUAAUAGGUAACUGUGCUACAAUACGUCAAUCUGUGUCCCACCUUCAUAUGAUCUCCAGUUAUGCAGACGUUAAUUGUUAGGGCGGUACACUACCUUUUUUCCCCUAAUUAGCAUUCUGUUGUUGUAGUGAUCGCUUUAGAACUGAAAAGCUUCUAGCUAAAUGAUGCUAAAA